UUUUUUAGUAGGGUCCCCCUUUCCUCCUAAGGUGCAUGUUAUUGUUAAUGUCCCUUCACUAUGUAGUUUAGAGGCCUAUAUAUAUGUAUGUAGCUACUUCUGCCUGACUUCACUUUGGAGUAAGCCCAUAAUCAACCUCUCUUUUUUUGUGGAGAAAGAAACUUUUCUUUCUUCAGAUCAUCAAUGGCUGUUGUAUGCAUGGUUGUUCUUGGUGGUCUGGUGUUGAUGAUGCUCUGUAUCUGCUCUGCUUUGUUGAGAUGGAAUGAAGUCAAAUACAGGAAGAAAGGUCUUCCUCCUGGUACUAUGGGUUGGCCUGUCUUUGGAGAAACUACUGAGUUUCUCAAACAAGGACCUAAUUUCAUGAAAACCCAGAGAGCAAGGCAUGGGAGUUUUUUCAAGACCCAUAUAUUGGGAUGUCCUACAGUGGUUUCAAUGGAUCCAGAUCUCAAUAGAUACAUUUUAAUGAAUGAAUCAAAAGGUCUGGUUCCUGGCUACCCUAAAUCCAUGCUUGAUAUUUUGGGGAAAUGUAACAUUGCAGCAGUUCAUGGCUCCACUCACAAACACAUGAGAGGGGCAUUGCUUGCACUCAUUAGCCCCACCAUGAUCAGAGACCAGCUUUUGCCCAAAAUUGAUGAUUUCAUGAGAACCCACCUCACUAGUUGGGAUAACAAAAUCAUUAACAUUCAAGAUAAAACCAAAGAGAUGGCUUUACUCUCAUCACUGAAGCAGAUUGCUGGCAUUGAAUCCAUGCCAAUCUCUCAAGAAUUUAUGACAGAAUUCUUCAAGCUGGUAUUGGGUACACUUUCACUGCCUAUUGACCUUCCUGGAACUAACUAUAGAAGAGCUUUGCAGGCAAGGAAAAAUGUUGUGAAUAUGUUAAGGCAACUUGUAGAAGAGAGAAGAGGGUCUAAAGAAAGUAUCCCGGACAUGCUUGGGCUGCUGAUGAAAGAUGAUGAUAACAAUUACAAACUAACUGAUGAAGAGAUUAUUGAUCAGAUAAUCACCCUUUUAUACUCUGGUUAUGAGACUGUUUCAACUACAUCAAUGAUGGCAAUCAAGUAUCUCCAUGAUCAUCCAGCAGUUCUUCAAGAAUUAAGAAAAGAACAUUUGAGAAUCAGAGAGAAGAAAAGGCCAGAAGAUCCAAUUGACUUGAAUGACCUCAAAUCAAUGAAGUUUACUCGUGCGGUUAUCUUUGAGACUUCAAGAUUAGCUACAAUUGUUAAUGGGGUUCUAAGGAAAACUACUCAUGAUAUGGAAAUAAAUGGAUUUGUGAUUCCAAAAGGAUGGAGAAUAUAUGUUUACACAAGAGAGAUAAACUAUGACCCAUUUUUGUAUCAAGACCCAUUAGCCUUCAAACCAUUGAGAUGGAUGGACAAGAGUUUGGAGUAUAAGAAAUACUUUUUCUUGUUUGGUGGGGGCACAAGGCAGUGCCCUGGAAAGGAACUUGGAAUAGCUGAAAUCUCUACUUUUAUUCACUACUUUGUAACCCAAUACAGAUGGGAAGAAGUUGGGGGUGAUAAACUAAUGAGGUUUCCAAGAGUUGAAGCACCAAAUGGACUGCACAUUAGGGUCUCAGCUUACUAACUUUGAUCUAAUUAUGGUGUUAUGUACAGAGGAAAUUAGUAUAGGAAGAUGAUGAAUAGGAAGAGAGUGUACAAUAAUGUUCUAACAAGAUUGGAUUAGUGAAUGACACUGCCUUAAUUCUAGUUUCGGCUUCACCAUUGGGUUUUUCUGGUAGGAUAAGACAACACACCAAGCAACAUCCUCAUCCUCCGAGCCUUUAUCCCAAACGUUGGGUUCGGCUACAUGUUACUUAUCCCAUAUUCAAGGUUCUCAAGCAUUUCUAAGGUACCUGUCCCCAUGAACAAAAACAGAGAAAAUUCCAAGCCGGUACACCUUCUGUUACUUUUAGACAUCUAGGUCAAAAAAAAUAAUUCCGCCCAUAAUGGGGAUGCUACAAACAAUUAUAGACACAACAGAAGGCUGUAUCUUGAUCAAAUCAAGUAGUGAAGUAAACAAAUGUUACAAUGGAAGUCAGAACAGAAACACAAAAUAAUAAGCACCAAACAUUACUUGAUAGCAGAAGUCCUCUAUCAAUGCCUCUAAAUAUAGAUACAACUGCAUUCAUAUAUUUUAGAUGUCAGAUAUAGAUACAAUAGAAGUCAUCCACCUGACGACUUGUUUGACGGAAACCAGUGUGUUUCGACAUAUAACAGCAUACCUCAAACUGCUAUGACUAACAUGGUUUCCGGGUUUCCACAUAAUUAGUCGGUCAAAAAAUGUGUUAAACUUAAGCUAGUAGUCC